AGAAACGAUACAAGGAACGACAGAGCCGGUGCUGACUAAUGGUAAGUUCGGCGUUGAAGCGGAAUACUAGCGGUCACUGAAGGUCGACAAAUGGGCACAGAACCCGGCAAUAAAAGUCGGCACAACACCCUUGGACUCGGAUAAGACUUCCGGCUUCGACUUCUCGAAUGACUUCGAUGAUGAUCUGCUCUUCUUCUCCUCGCUCUAUAUGCGGACGUGAUCACAUACUGCGGAAGACUCAUCCUGUCUGUGCCCGCGGCGGAAUACGAUCUCGUCACCGACAACCUCACCCUGCACACCCAUAUGGGGAAAAUAACAAUAACCCUAGUAAAAUCACAAAGCGCCAAGCACAAAACUGCGAAGCCCAGCACCGCUUUCUUGAGCGCCGCGGGCAAGAGCGCACACACCUGCUCGAUCUCCUCCAAAAACUAGGAGCCGAGAAUGACCGGCUCUCGAACCUGCUGGACCAGACAAGACAGAAGUAUCUUACUCUCGAGACGCCCACAAAGCAACUGCAUACAGAGGCGGAUAUCCUGCGCUGCUGGCUUCAGGAGAUGAUGUCCUUGAUGACAGGAGGAUCCAGCAUCAGGAUCUAGCCGAGGAGGUGCUGGAAGCGGUUGCGGGAAGCUGCUUCUAUGAAUGCUGGCGGAAGGGAAAUUAGCGGUUGAGAGCGUUUAUUGUGCUUCAGACGCUCGCGGGAGUGUUCGCGGGUGUCGAGAGGGAGGGGCUUAGGGCAGUAUUAUAGGGAGCAUAUCUGGAAUGAGUGGCGUGGUUAAAGAGGUCAUAUUGUCAAGGAACGAGGAUAGGAAGUAUACCGAAGGGUGUUGGAGCUCACAGCCAGACUUAGUAAUUUAAUGUAACGAUUCCCUUGCUUUCCAUUGCAUCAACACUUGACUGCUCAGCCAUUGUCUCCUGAGAUAUUCACAGGUGGAAUUGCGAGGCAUUUUCUGGACAUAGGCUAAGGUUUAGAUAUCGUUUCUAAGCUAUGAAGUAG